UUUUUCAUUGAAGCUGCCCUUUCGAGAUCCAAUAUGCCUCAACCUGUGCCAGCGCCAGUUCCGACUGCGCGAGCUAUCUCCCAAAAAGACCUCCCCCCAUCUGUCGAAACAGCAUACUACCGGAAGUGCAUCGAUCUACGCCGUCGCAUCAAUGACAUUGAAGAAAACAACGACGCCACGAAACUGCGAAUCCGGCGACUCAACCGCGGAGUCCAGAAGAUGCGCCUAGAGCGCGCAUUCCUCCUAGACGCAUUGAACAAGCUGAUGGAGUACAACGUGGACGAUUCGGACCAAAGCAGCAGCACACCCCCCACACCCACAGAUAAACCCCUCCGAAGCAAACGAAGCCAUCGAAAGGGCUCACCCACCAGCGGUCUUCCGGCAGGUAGUGGCGCCUCCGGAGUGCAGCAUGCGAGCCCGGGAAGCACGCAUCAACAACAAACCCUCGCGCACGCAAACCCAAUGUCAUCGGCGCAAAGCACGCCGGAUCCUAGUCGUACAGCUCCUUUCUUCAGCACAAUCGGGGCCACUGCCACAUCGCCGCCCCCAGUCAACGGCACAUCGACCAGCCUAUCGGUGCCUCCUCUACAACCCCAACGGCAACCCGAAUCCGCAACACGAUCUUCAUUUUUCGACCCCGUGGCAGACGAGCAGCGACCGACGACAGGUGACAACGAAGCAGAACCUUCUUCGCGAGCUCGAGCCCUCUCCGGUGCCGCUCGGCCAUCGUCACAGAACGUUGAGAAUGGAGACACGGAGAUGACUGAUGCCGCAUCUGGGGCUGGCGGGUUCACAGCGGUAAAUAAUGCGUAG